GAGCGAGAGACUGAGAAAUAGAAGGAGCGUAGCAGAGCAGUUUCCGAUUUUCAUUUCUCUCUCUUAAUCCAGAUUUAAGUAUUAGGGUUUUUUCUUCUAUCAUCGCCAUUACUCUCUCUCUCUGUUUCGCUUGUGUGUGUGUGUUGCUCAAAGAUUAUCAUCAUCAUGGUUGCUGUCACAGACUCUGAACUCUUUCAUGGCUCUCCGAUUUCAACAGAUUUCUCCAAGAAACGCAAGGCGAAUUGGUUUUGUAAGCUGAAGCAGUGGAAGAUUGAUGCUCGUCGCAAACAAUGGAUUUCUCAAUGGAAAAAAGCAAAUGUAGAUGAAGAAGAAAUUGGACGUAGAUUGAGAUCUUUGUUAGAGAAACUGACUGAUCAAAAAGCUUGGAGGAUUGAUUAUGAUGAUGAUGAGGAUGAUGAGAUUGAUCUUGAAAGGACAUCAUCAUUUGCUAGUAGUCCCACGAGUGUUCUCAAGAGGAAAGAUUCUGUUAGUGGUGAUUGCUUUUGUUGUUCUAAGCAGAUGACUGAGGAAGAGGAAGAAGUUUUUGACGAUGCUUAUGAUAACUGGGAUGGGUUUAAAGAUGCGUUAAACUCCUUUGAGAAUGAUAACAACGAAAGCUCUCGACUUGUGACAGAAGAUUUUGAGCAAGAAGAAGAAGAUCUGAUUCCAGAUACAAGCCAGAGGAUGAACAAGUGCAAGCAAGAAGCUGCACCUGGAAAUCAGACGACGAUUCACAGAAACAGUAAUAAGAAGAAGAGGUCUAACUCUGAGAAGCAAAGAGGUGAUGGUGAUGAAGAAUGUCCUAUUUGCUCUGAGUUGAUGGAUGCAACGGAUCUAGAAUUCGAACCAUGUACUUGUGGGUUUCGGAUUUGUCUCUUUUGCCAUAACAAGAUCAGUGAAAACGAAGCACGUUGUCCAGCUUGCAGGAAGGAUUAUAAAAAGACGAGUAAAAAAAGUGGAGAAGUAGGUUAUCAGCAACGUGGUCGUGGCACUAUUCCCUUGUCUCCGUCGUUUAGAGGACUUGACAGAGCUUAAGAGAGAAAGAAAGAAGUUCCAAAAGUUUCAUGAAACUUUUUUUCUAGUUUUGUCCUUAGUUUCAUCAGGAACAAGAAUUUUGUGGUUUUGCUUAAUUAGAUUGUUGUCAUCUCGGCAAUAAAUUUUCAUUCAUGUUUGUGAAUCAUAUAAUACACAUAAACCAAUAUUAGUCUUUUAUUCGAUACAUCAAAAGAUCAUUCCUUAAUAUUAGCAAAGAAAAGUUUGACUUCAUGAUGGCACAAACAUAUCUCACAAGCGGAAGAAGUAAGCAUGUCGUCGUCCUCACCAAAACGAUGACGAAAACAAUAGUUGGGAAAGAUCUCGGUUCGACCAUCGCAAUUGCAGUUCUCACGAACAUAGCUUUUUUGUAGGUGUCUCAUCAUCGGUUCGCCCCACCACCACAUAUUUCUGAUAUGUGUCCGAUGUUUUUCCAUCUCCUUGAUCGUAUUUGACAACAUCAAAGGUUUUCGUAGAGAAGACAAGAUCUUGAAACCAUUUUGUUUUGUUUUGCCACC